UCCUGAUUAUGUUCGUUUUUGUGUAAAUCGUCAUAACACGAAGCAAGCAAUACGAUCGAUUGAAAGAAAGAAGUGGGGCAUUCCAAAGAAGAAUCGAAAACGGGAUUGUCCAUGUUGCUCUAAGAGUUUUCAACUGGGGUGCUCCAAAAGUGCAGUGUCAGUGCUGUCGUCAAAGCAAAUUUGCAGAGGAAUCUCCGUACCGUCAAGGAAAUAAGUGUAUUUGCUGAACGAGUGUGAAUCACUUGAAUCAAGUGUGUAAAUUUGCCUUCUCGUAGCCGUAGAAAAGAUUGAUAGAAAUAAAUAAAAAGGUGUUAAACCAGGUGAUUAUAAGAAGAAUAAACAAACACAGUUCCCGAUCUGGUGAUUUGAGUAAUAGCACAAAAUUUGAGUGAAUCGGUGCAGAAACAGUUCGUCACGACGUCGACCAACAGCAGCAGCAAGGUACCACCGACAGCAGGAGCAGGAGGGGCAGGUUCAGCAGCAGGACCAUCUGCAGCAUCUGCAAAAGAGUCCGCAGUCGUAUCGUCAGCCGCCGCAGGAGGAGGGGGAGGAGGACGUCGCCGUUCCCGCAGUCAGGUACCGACGUCGACCAAUAGUAACGUCGGAGGGUGCAGCAGCGGCGGAGGCGGGGGUGGUAGUGCCAGUGCUAGCCGGCGAAGCAGCAAAACGGAUUACCACCAAUCGUCUCGACGGAGAAGUCCCCCUUCUUCGGUCACUGACGACUCUUCCUCCUCGCUACUGCUGUCGGUGUCGGUCGGGGGUCGCACAGCGGGGGGCACGGCGGGCGCCAUUGAACGAGAGCGUGAAAGCGGAGGCGGCGGCGGAGGUUCGGCCACCAGUCAUCAGCACCAUCCACAUCCGCCAGACUCGUAUGAGAAGAGUCACAACAUGGCUUCGUCCAAUCACCGCGGCAUACAGAUUGGCUCUGCUUGGUUCCAACGGAAAAUCAAUCUGCGACCGCAGCACCGGGGUGUCCAUCUGGUGACCGAGGAGAUCCUGCGACAGAUGCCCGAGCUGGGGCAGUUUUCGGUCGGAUUGUGCCACGUUCAAAUUCUACACACAUCGGCCAGUUUAGCGUUGAAUGAAAGCUGGGAUCCGGACGUGCGGGACGACAUGGAAAUGAUGUUAAAUAAGAUUGUGCCCGAAGGACUACCGUACCGGCAUUCCUGUGAAGGUCCAGAUGACAUGCCCGCCCAUGUGAAAGCAUGCUUUCUCGGCAGCUCACUGACAAUCCCGAUCACCGACGGUAAACUGUCGCUCGGUACGUGGCAGGGUGUAUGGCUGUGCGAACACCGUGACCACGCCGGGUCGCGCAAGCUAGUGAUAACGCUGUCUGGCUGCCCCCGGGACUCCGCCCGGAGUCCACUCUCGCCGGUAUCGCCAAUUGCGUCCACCUCCAGUUAGGGACGGCCACGCUCUGCUCGCGAUAGUCGGUAAUCGUGGGUUAGAGCGGUGCUCUGCUGUAAGUUUCAUACUAAUAAGGGUCAUAACACUAUUCGGGGUAAACUCUAAGAGGAAGGUUAGAGAGAAUAAUUACCUAUACAUUAAUUACGUUAAUUAUAAAGUGAUGGCGAAAGCAGAAAUUAUUAAUGCAAGGGUGUACCAUUGGACGCAGAUUUUAAUAAAUCAAUAAUGAAGCAAAACGAAUACGGAGCAAGUCUAGGUAAGACAGAAAACUUACUAAUACAUAAAUCUAACGAGUAACUUAGAUACACGAGAAAAGAAGCGAAAGAAACAUCAAAAAGAUUAUUUAAUUUACAAUUUAUAUGAGAUAAUAGACACUUAGAUAUAACAAAAAAAAUAGAAAUCGCUAAACAAAUUUCAUAUGAAAACGCAAUGAUAAUAGCAUUUAAGGUGUCUACUUGAAAGGUUAUGCAAUUGCCGAAUAAAUUUCGAGGAAGGAAUAGUUUUUACCGAAAGUAAUAGGAACAGAGAAUGUUAGGUUUUUAUUUUUAUGGGUUUUAUUGGAGGCAGUAAUCGUAACACACAGACAACUAGUAAAACAAAUGAAUAGCUGAAAUACCAAACCAGGUUAGAUGUAGGAACGUCAGAUUUAUGUUUAUCACAAUAUUUCGAAACGUUUAUUUUCCUAAAAUCUGUUAAUUUCGGCCCGCUGAAAUUACGGAUAAUUCGAAUAGGCUGAACCAAUGCGAACACACAUGCACAAACGUAAACGGAAAAUGAAUAGUACUGUAGAUAAAAUAGAAACCAAACUACCAAACCCCUCACGACACAUCAUCCAUAGACGAAUAAAAGUUCUUCAUCACUUUAGUAACCGAUUGCUCGCCAUAGCUGGUAAAUGACACAGUCAUCAAGGGGGGACAUACACAUAACCUAAUAGCACUAGAUCCGUUUGUACCUACAAUUAUAUGUACCAUGUUCCUCGUUGUUAUUAUUUAGUAUUGCUUUCGCUUUUUAAGUUUCUUCGCUUCGUUGACCAUGGGUUCGAUUCUGUUUUCUCCAAUCAUCGGUAUAGUUACUUGUUUUGUUUGUGCACUUUUCAACCAUCUCUCUAAAUAGUGUUUUGACGGGGCGAAAUAAUUGUUGGCAGAUAAUCGUCGGAACCCACUUUUAUAGAGUAUAGCGUUAUAUCCGCGAGUGAUACCCAUUGUUUUAGAAUCAUGCAAUCAUGCUAGAUUAGAUUUUAAGUUUAAACGGGAAACAUAGCACUGGUUAAGAAUAUGAACGUUGAAUAAAUAUGCAAUUGCAAUUUUGUUUAUAAGACAAACUUGUUGA